GUUUCUGUGGGAGUCAGUAUACCAACAGGACUCGUGUUCGUCAGACAUCAAGUCCGAGCAGGAGUGCAGAAUCUCUUCCCGGAUUCAAGAUUUGUGACAAUUGAAACACGGAAGACACGAGAGAUUUUUUCUUCACAAUUAAAAGAAUCGAAUUUAUUUUUAAUUCACGUGAGAAUGAGAGUCUUCAAAGAUCGCUAGAUCGAGAAGCCAACCAAAUGAUUUACGCAUGAAGAUGCAGUGAUUAAUAGGCAACCGUAAAAUUUCCUCGAAAGGGAGUCCGACAAUUGGAGGAUUUAAAUGUUCUUCCUAAAACAGCUGAUGUUCGUCUAAGAUGUGCGCAAUAUUUUUAAAAACAUCCUGGACUUUUGAAAAAUGCACGAUUUUUUUGAGAAAUAUUUAUUGCUUGGAUUGUCGCUCGAAAAGAUUUUAAGAACGUUGCCGUCGGUUACGAUUGUGGCAUACAAGUUUGUUUAUUAAUUAAGAAAAUAGUCUAGUCUUUGCGCAGGAUUCUAUUGAAUAUCCGAAAAAAUAGAAUUAUUUUUGAGAAAUACUCGUUUGGUUUUUCUCAGAUGCAUCGGACCCCUGAGAUAUUUAAAAAUAUCUCAAAUUAUUAUUAAGCUUAUUCAAGCUAUCUCUUAAUUAUCAGCGUCACUUUCGUGCAGUGAAUGUGAAUCAAUUAAGAAAAUUGGAGAAUAAAAUCAAUUAAUUGAUCAUGAUUACUCAGAAUCAAUUGUCACUAGAGUGAUGAUAAAAAUAUUCAACAAUCUAUUAAAAUAUCGAAACGAUUUCUAUCUAAAGGAACGAUAAAUUCAGAAGAUCCCACGAGCCUUCGACCUCUAACAAAAAUUUUUAGUAUAAGCAAAGAAUCUAAAUUCCUGAAAUAAGCAAAGAAUCUAAAAAAAACACAUAUUUGGGAUUGUUGAGAAAAAGAUUGUCCACAGAAUGCAAUUCACAGAAAGUUACCUUAUCCACGCAAGAUAGGCACGAUUUAUCAAUCAAUUUAUCAAAAAUGUUGUGUAUGCUCGAGGAGGGCAAUUAAAGAUCAAGCGCAACGUGACCAGAAGAAAACGACUCAUGGAUAUGUCGUCGAAAACUCUACAUAACGAACACAUUAAGCGGCCGAUGAACGCCUUUAUGGUGUGGUCGCGUGGUCAACGUCGCAAGAUGGCACAGGAGAACCCGAAAAUGCAUAAUUCAGAGAUCUCGAAGAGACUCGGCGCCGAGUGGAAGUUGCUGACCGAGAGCGAAAAGCGCCCUUUCAUCGACGAGGCAAAAAGAUUGAGAGCUCUUCACAUGAAGGAGCAUCCCGACUACAAAUAUCGGCCACGCCGAAAGCCGAAGUCUCUGGUGAAGAAAGAAAACAAAUUUGGCUUCGCGAUAGCGCCGUUGAUAUCGCCUGGCGAUGGUCUGUCUAAUCUACCACGUGGUCUCCUGCCGCCAUUGGCACCACCCACGCAUCACCCAUUGAUGUCGCACGAGGACUUGAAGAUCCCGCGCUUCUUUCCACCGUUCCCCUAUCCGCUCUAUCCGCUGCAGCACAAGCUAGGGGAUGAUUUUAACGGUGGCAAACUGGCCGCCGAUUUGGCUCUUCAGGCUCUCUAUACCGGCGGCACUUUCUACCCGAGUCAUCAGGCAAUAGCGUCCUGGCCGACGGGCUUAUCGGCAGCAGCUUGCUUGCAGCCCAACUGCAGUUGUCCGAGCCCGCCAAAAGAGUCCAAGAGGCCGUUUCCGCCAUCCAAGAUGGACGAUCCGCCCUUUCCGAGCCCAGCUAGAGCCGAUGACAACGCUGUCAUCGCGGAACGGGAGGAAUCCCGGUAUCGAAAGUACGAGGAAGACUUCACCGCCUUAGACAGGCAUCAUCAUCAUCAUCAUCAUCUUCAUCAAGAAGAUCGUUCUCAGGAUCGAUUCUCUUCGUCUUCUUCCUCUUCACCGCCCACGGAGCAACCGGAAAAAUCUUCGACGACGACAACGUCCUCGACCUCGAGCAGCAGGGUCGACAACGCUCCGUUCUCCGUUCAGAGUCUGACUUCGAGCACCGGCAGUUCGAAUUCGGGCUCGCAGCGCGGACACAUCAUAUGAAGACCGCUUCCGGUUCUCCCGGAUCUCAACUUCCGGGGGAGCCUGGUGCCGGCCACGUGGCCGACCGCCGAUUGGUGGAGAGUGGCUCCGAUGCUCUCGCCGAUUCCCCAGACGACAGUCGCUAAUCUGAACGCUGGCGUUGCCAAGGAGGACGUUGUACACUUUCAGGAUGAGCAGCAGAUGAACGCGACGAUCGUGUCGAGAUCGCCGAGGAGCGGCGUCCACGUCGCCAACGUGCAAUGAUUCGAUAAUCGGGGUGACGUACUUCAAAUCCCCGAUGAAUAUUUCUUCGGUAUCUCUACAAUUUCGAAAAUGAACGUCCUUCUGUUUUGAACGUGAGUCAUUUCCCUUCAAUUAUAGUUGUAGAUUAUGUUUGAGAAACGUCCAAGAUAUAAAAAAAGAUUGUGGUCCGAUAGCCAUUUCAUUUCAAUGAGGGAACCAGUCGGUUUCUAUAGCUUGGGCAUCUCUCGAACAUCAUCUAAAACUAGUGAGAAUAAUUGUGUAUAUAAUUGAAGUGCUCUCCGAAAAAAUACAUACAUUAAUCGUAUAAAUAAAUUUCGCGAAACGGAAAAUAACUUGCGCGAUCGCCGGAGCCGCAUUCUGGCGAACGAGAGACAGGAAUCGAUAACUCGCUACGGCCCCGAAAUCCCACAAAGGGUGGCCGCAAAGGGUCCCUUCGACCGGAUCGUGUACGCGAAGCUGGAUACUAGAGAAGUCCAAUUUUGAUGAGAUAACCAACCCUCUCUUGCAUGCCACAUAUUACCGGGACGGAGGGAGAUGGACACGGUGGGGUAGGAAAGAAGAAAAAAAGCUCUUCUGGCGGAGGCAAAUCUCUUCUUUGGGACGCGGCCGUGCGAAAUAAGCCAAACGUUCUGAAUGCUAACGUACGAGACGCGACGUACCCCCGACGACGCCCCGGUUUUCGCGACGAAAGCAUCGAUACGAUGAAAUGGGAGACGCGUGCUUGGUUGGUUGCAGGCAGUAGCUGAAUUCUUUUAUAAUAUAUUAUAUACAGGAAGAAGCUAGGAAGACAUUUCCCCGAAGGUUGUCAAAUAUAUCUCGCUCUAUUUCGCUAAAAAUUUAUUUCGUCAAUAUUGAUUAGAUUAUCCCGAAUAUAGUGUAAAUAGACAUGAAUUUUAUUCCUCCAGAUUACUUCGUCGAGCGUUAUUUAUAAUGUUGUUUACUCAACUUCGUUAAUAUUUCGAUUUUUAUUUAGUACUUCUCGAUAGUUUAAUUUACAUGAAAAUUAAGGCACGUAGAAUAUUAGAUGCGCACAAUUUCGUUUUGUUACACGUGAUUAUUGUUGAUUGUUAAGGUGAGUUGUAAUAUAUAUUAUCGCUCAUUCGUCGAGAGAGAAAUCCGUCGAUUACUCCUUCUUGUAGAAAUUCCCGCUAAGUAUCUCUAACGACCCUUGCGAGCACGAGUUUCGCAUUAGCGUUUACCCUGAAAACGGGAGUAAGAUACAAGUAAACGUAAAUCAUAUCUAUAGAAACACAUAGAAACAUAUCUUCCGUCUCUCCUCCUUCUCUAUUUUCUUUCUCUCCCACGCGAUACACAUUUGACGAACGCAUAGCGCUUCGAUUAAUUUGGAUUAAUGACGCGGAUGCGUCGCAUUAAUCAUCGCCUCGACGAUUACGAUACUAUUGUUAAUUAUUGCUGUAAUAUAUAAUGCAACGUUUGUAAAUAAAUCUUGAU